AUGGAUCAGUUAUCAGGAGCUUAUGAUAUUUGUCAAAAUGAACUAGGCUUAUAUGAUUGUACAUUCUGUACAUAUUCUACACCUUUCAAAGGAAGUUUAAAAACUCAUAUAAAUAUUCAUACCAAAGAGCAACUGUACACUUGUGUAGUGUGUCAAAAGUCAUUCACUGAUAAAAUUUUUUUUCUUUCCUUAGGGUUCCUUAAUAAAUUCCAAAAAAGAGGUCUACAUUCUUGUACAUUCUGUACAUAUUCUACACCUUUCAAAGGAAGUUUAAAAAAGCAUAUAAAUACGCACACCAAAGAACGACUGUUUGCCUGUGAAGUAUGCCAAAAAUCUUUUACAGAUAUUAGUAAUUUGAAACAGCACUUUCGAAUACAUACUGGAGAAAAACCUUAUAAAUGUGACAUCUGCAACAAAGCCUUUAAUCAGUCGUCCACCCUGCGUUCUCAUAAGUUAAUUCAUCUUAAGAAAAAUCAAUUCAUGCUUUUUUGUGUUAUAGGAACCUCUAACUUUUCCCAAAAUGAACAAGGCUUAUAUGUUUGUACAUUCUGCACAUAUUCUACACCUGUAAGAAGAAACUUUAGAAAUCACAUUAAUGUGCAUACUAAAGAACGCUUGUAUACGUGUGGAGUAUGCCAAAAAUCUUUCACUGAUAAUAGUAAUUUGAAACAGCACUUCAGAAUACACACCGGAGAGAAACCUUAUAAAUGUGAAGUCUGCAACAAGGCAUUUAAUCAGUCAUCCAACUUGCGCAUUCAUAAGAUGGUGGUCCAUAGAUGAGCCUGAAAAGCCUCUUCCUGGUCUUUGCCGACCUGUUGUAAAUAAUUUAUUUAUUUUCUUUAUCUUGCAUGCUUUCAUUAUGAAAAAACAAUAAUCCGAGUGGCAUGAUUCUAAGAUAAUUGUUAUGUGUCAAUAAAAAGUAAAAUACAAACUGAUUGUAA